AUGUGGGACCAAGUGGUGCUUCGCUACAAUGUUUGGCGCCCUAGAGGGAUGAGUAAGUGCGACUUUGAAGUCGGCAAGCCCAAACCAAGCGGAGUCAAUGAUCACAUAGCAAAGUCUACGAAAACUAUUGCGAAAGCUCAAGACAUACAUCGCGCUUUAGAGCUGAAGGCGGGGUCGAGCGAUUAUAACGACGGCCUCGACGAAGGAGAGGAUGACGAGGAGCUGUUGCUCCACGUCGGUGGAGUUUGCGACGAAAACUGA